AUGGAGGCCAUCGCACAAAAUAUAGAAAUUUUAUCUGAAAAGACACUAAGAGAUAUCGCCAAGGGCCCAUUGAUCAAGUUUACCCUGACGUGUGAUGAUCAGGAGCAAGUAAAUCGAGUAUGGCAGUCGCUGAGCAAGACACUAUCAUCGCCGUCUCUUGAUCACCUGCAUACAACCGCUGCAUGCAAUGCGGCAUCUGCCUUCCUGGAUGCAGCUGCCAAAUCUCCAAUUAAAGAGACCAAGCAACUUGCUUUGUCGCCAGAAGUAUGGCUCGCUGUCUUUAACGUUUUCAUGACUAGAUAUGAGGACGUGAGGCCCAAGCCAUUAAAGCAGCUAUUGGCCUCUCUCACAACCAUCUUGGUCAAGCACUACAAGGGAGAAACCAGAAUCAUGGUACAAAAUGCCGUUCUGCAGUCAAUUCUGCCAUGCAUCAUUCUGGGUGAACCACGCUCUCGGUUAAAGGGUUCUCUCGUUUGCCUGGAGAUGUUUAUCCGAAAGGGUGCCAUCUCUCCUUCUGAGUUGAUUCCCUUGGUUAGAAGCUGGCUUGUGAAAUCUCGGGAUCAAUGGGUCCCAUUCUUUAAGAAGGACCAAGAUGCGAUCUAUCCCGGCGUGUCCGAUCCCACAAUUAUGUCAAGCGAGCCAUCGGAGGAAGUGGCAGGAAGAAUACUUGUGCUCGGUCUCUUGACCCAAACUAACAACCGUGGCAUGGCUGGAACAUCAGGUAAUAUCCUGGCUGCUUUCCUGCAAAAGCUAAAGGCAGAAAGUCCCGAGAAGCAAAUGUCGGGAAUUUGGAUUCAUCCUGCGAGACAUAUGCUGCUGCAAAACCUAGACUCCGUGGAAGUCCUCUCGAUCCAAAUUAUGGAACCCAUUUUCAACAGUGACCCAGCUGGCUUCCUGCCUUUCGUUGAAACUCUCCCUUUGCGCAGUCUGAUUGCUGGUGAUAUGACUGAGGGAUCACAGUCAGAAUAUAUGCUUCUAUUUGUCUCUCUGCAGGUGGGAAAGAAGGUUAAUUUGGUGCAUGACGACUAUGACUCCUCAAAAAAGGCCAGCUCUAACAAUUUGGUCUUGAAGAGUGAGGUUAUCGGAAAUUUCUUGCUUCACCGAGAUCCGACUAUCCGAGUGGCAGCCUUGUCACUACUCAUUACAGCAUUUUCAACAUCGAAGCCAUUCACGAAGGCUGCCACCAGUGCCAUUCUAAGAGGCCUCCCAUCUAUGCAUGCGGACUCUGACGCCUUUAGUCGAGGAGAGAUCAUGAGUCUUACCCGAAAGUUUAUUAUACGUUUGAAAAGUGGCAUCUUGCUGGAAGAGGGAGCUUCGGCAACACCAAAGACGAAAGUUGGCAAUGGCCCUACUACUUCGCCAGAGAGUGAUUCUGAGACGAAGAAGUUUUUAGGCGACUAUGUUGACUUUAUUCAGAGUGAUCUUUGUGUCACCGCAUCCUACCCUCGUCAUAUCACCGCAUUGAAGGCCCUAAAGCUACUGCUAGAGUCUGGCCUUGACGGACGAACAACCCCCAAUCUUAUUAAAUCCGAAGUCCAGACCCGGUGGAAUAUCCACUUGGAAGUAUUUGACUCUCGUCUUCUCCGAUUGCUGGUAGAUCUUCUUUUGGAUCCGUUCGAGGAAGUUCGACAAACAUCUCUCUUGAUCAUCAAUCUGUUUCCUUCCGAUAUUCUCAUCGGGGGUCUUUCGGAUGGUGCGAGUCCAGUGGGCAUGCGCCUGACGGAUGCUCUUACUAGAGCGGAAUCCCUUGCAAGCAAGACAAGCCGCGCAGACCAUGCGGACACAGUUGCCCGUCUGUACCAUAUCUUUUUCUCCGCGGCUCCGUCGCAGGCUGCAUCUGAGACUACCAAUGAUUGGUGGGCAACCAAAUACUCAGUUGUCGACACUAUCCUGAGUCGACUUGAAGAACGCCUUUCUUCUCCCAAGGGAUUGUUCAACUCCGCUAUGCAACAGGCUCCCCUUCACGGAUACAUGUCUGGGCUUCGUUACAUCAUUCUCGUUCCCGACUUUUACUCUCACAUUUCGGUGGAGUCCAACCCUUCUACCUGGAAGUCUAUUCAUGACAGAAUUGUUUCGAUCUGCGAUAGUGUCUGGCAAGAGGUGAAGCCUGUACUCUGCAUUGAUUCCCCAGAAGGCCAUUCCGAUCAGCCCCUGGAAGACUUUGAAGUCGGACCAAAAGAUAUUCUCUCCUACUCCUGGAGAUCCUUGCGAGAAUCGAGUCUCUUGUUACAUGCCACUAUGACCAACAUAACGUAUGGGCCGGCGGGCGAUCAGGGUCUUCAGCGAGCCGACUUUGAGAAUGUAGGCCGGGUCAGCUUCACUCAGCUGGCUGAACUUCGCCACAGGGGUGCUUUCUCUACCGUGUCCACGACAUUCGCCACUUGCUGUCAGCGAUGCACUGACUCCAAGGAUGCAUCCAUUCAGGAGCUCCCAGUUCUUUGGUAUCAAGAAGCCAAAUCCACCAUUUUUGAGUCCGCUGCAAAGCUCACUCGACGAUCCGCUGGCUUGCCUGCCUUGGUAACUGGCGUUCUUUGCUCCAGCCCUGGAACACCAUCCUUCAAGCAGGCAUUUAAUGAGCUCUACGAGAUUUCGCGUCUUCCGGUGGAUUAUGAUAAGGAUCAACAGUAUUUGAGACUGCCGCAAGUUCACGCAAUGAACUGCUUGAAGGACAUCUUCGUCAACAACAAGCUUGGGCCCCAUACCGAGGCAUUCAUCAUGCCAGCACUCACUCUUUCUGCUGAGAGAAUUGGCUCCCCAAUUUGGAAUCUUCGCAACUCCGGACUGAUGCUGUUCCGCGCUUUGUUGGUUCGGAUGUGUCGCUUUGUGCUCGGCACAGGAGCUGGUUUUGGUGGUAUAUCUGGUUCUGAGCCUGGUUCUAAAAUCUCUUUCCCCAAAUACCCGGGAUUGCUUGAACUGUUGUCCAGUCUUCUUGCACCAAUCGCAGGAACCACCGUUGAGGGAACCGACAUUGUGACUGAGCGCAUUUUCCCUGCCCUGGAAUUAAUUGGAGAGAAAGUUCCAACAUUUGAUGAUGACGAUACCAUGCUGCGUGGGCUGGUUCUUGAGCAUUUCAAGAGUCCCGUUUGGGCUAUCAGAGAGCAUGCAGCUCGUGUCUACGCAUCAUUGCUAACUCGCACCAACAUUCUCAAGGAUUCAUGCGAUCUGGUUGAUCUUCUGAAGGGCGAGAUUACAGAGAACUAUCUUCAUGGAACAGUGCUCUGUAUUCAGUAUUCACUUCGCCGCUUUGCAGCCAGUACCGACGUGUUUUGGACCUCCCAGCUGGAUGAACUGCUGGCCACUAUUCGCCAUGUUUUGGCUACAGUCUUCCCAUUGGCCAAGUCUCCGUUCGUUGCCACAGCACUGGUCGAGAUUUUGAAUGACACUUUGGAGCGUGGUGUCAAGACAGAUGUUGAAGAGCACAUCGUGUCCUUUAUCACCAGUGUGUUCGAAGAACAUGAUCUUAAUGGAAUACUAAGUGACGUCUUCGACGCCUCGCAAAGAGGUUGGAAUUUGCAUAGUGGCACUCGAGCUUCAUCUCUUUUUAGGAGAGCUCUUACCUGGUGCAAGAUAUUGAACUCUUUUGCUUCUCAUGAUUGGAGUUCAAUUUCAUCUUUCUUCAAUGGGGUCGCGGCCUUCGAUGCCGAUGCUGCCAAUUGGAUCAUUGAAAGACUUCAAGAAACACUUGGGGAGAAAGAAAUAUACCACAAGCCUUUGGCUGAUCUUUAUGCCUCAGUCAUUUUUGGUGACUACACAUCCGACGUGAAAACAGUCGCUGCCUCAAGCUUGGCCUCUAUCCUCGAACACUUGUUGAGCUCUCAAGUGAAGUCUAUCCCAGAUCUAGCACUCCCUUGUGAUAACCUGAUGCAAAGUUUCAGACCUGAUCUGGCCAUUGAAGAAUGGAACCGUCAGGCUACCGAUGCGGAACUUCGCUUACAAGGCUGCCUCCUCGCCAUCGAAGUCAUUUCAAGUGGAGAUCAAAACAUGUCUGCAUUCAAGUCCACCCUCCAUAGCUGGGCUAUCAAAUUGCGCUCAGCUCUCAGCGAAGAAACCGAAUUCACAACCCGGUAUGCCGCUGUGAUGUCUAUCCAAAGCUUUUCGCUUGGCCUCCGUCCGACUGGUAGCUCACCUCGGGUUGACGGUCCUCUACUGGACAUCUACUUGAUUCUGUAUGACAUGCUGAACGAUGACGACGAAGAACUUCGAGAUAUCGCUGCAUCAACUGCAUCAUGGGUGCUGUCGUAUUCUUCCGUUUCGCCCCGUACUGCAGUGGCUCUUGGACCGUUGAAUGCCAGCUCGCUUCUUGCCACAUUCAUUACUGAUCACUACUCCGAUUCCCCACAGUUGGCCAGACGAGUCAUCCGAUACCUCACGGGUCAAAAUCAGCGUAUCAGCGGCUCUGAUGAGCAAGCCCAGCUGGUGUCAGUGGCAGAUCUUGUUGCUGAGUAUUGCCAAGAGAGCACUGUCUUGUUUGUGGAGGAGAAACAGAAUCUUUUUAUUGACGAUGUGAGAGAGAUUGACGUAUGGUCCAAAGCACUUCUUCAUCUUCACAAGGGCGCCUAUCCUGAGACUCUGGUUCGCCAAUUUUCGAACUGGGUAUCUGAAGGUCUGGAGUACCUCUCAAAGCGUGUCAGUCAAGAAGCUGGUCAGGACGGACUUCUUGGUUGGGUUUCGAAGCCCGAAUCAUUUACUCUGGGCGUCCGCAUUAUUAGUAUUUCCGCUGCACUCGCAUCUGAUGGGUUCACAGCUCCACAAUAUCUGGAUGUCAAUCCUAGUACAUUGAAGCAGCAGCUCCAAAAGCUGCUUGAUGCUGGCCGAGGUGCCUCGGUGCAUGAUGACUGGCUUUCAAGGAUCACGUCUGGGGUGAAGUCCAACGUUUAA